GGGUGGUUGGAGGUCUGAACCCCGGCGUGGUUGGUCUGAAUGGAGGACUACUGAGUCCCAGGCUGGUGGUUGGAGGCAUGAAUCCAGCGUUGAUCGGAGGAGGUGGCGCUUUCAUCGGUCAGCCGCCCAUUGGUCCAAUGUUUCCUGUGAUCCCUCCGUACAUGCUCCAGCCUCAGUUUGGAAUACCCAACGCUCCAGCUCAGCUCCCUCAGCAGGUCCUCUUCCAGCCAAAUGGGGGACAAAUGAACCCGGGGGUCAAUGUACAGCAGCCCCAGGGUGACAUGCUUGCUGGGGCAGUGCCACGAUUCAGGAGAGCUCUCCACUGGAGAACGCAAGACAAUUCAUUCGCUCAGGUCACCUCGAGUCCGGGUACAACCGAGCAUCAUGCUGCUGAGUAAAUUCUCCUGACUUCACUGCACUGAUCCACCAGAGGCACAUCUUUAUCUCACAU